GCCGGUCGCCCCAAUGAAAAUUACGGAAUGGCCAUGAAAUGAGACCGACAUUGCGCGAAGAGUCCCGAGAAACUCCACCGCCCAGUCACUUUAGCUUCCAUGAUCGGCAUAACCUGAUGGCUCAAGUGAGGAAAUACCUCGAACAGGGAAGGCCCAGAGAAGCAUUUCGACUGUACAAGCACAGCAACAGAGCCUGCAUCCUUAGUCUGGUGCCUCUGUUGGCGAAAGCUUGUGGUUCUCUCGGGCUGCGAGAAUGCGGGAAAUCCCUGCACGCUGAGUUGAUCAAAUGCGGGGUUGAUUCGGAUGUUAUAGUCGGGACUUCCUUGGUGGGCAUGUACGGGAAAACCGCUGGGAUUGCUGACGCGCGUAAGGUGUUUGAUGGAAUGCCCCUGAGGAACGUUGUGACUUGGAAUGCGAUGAUCGGAGGGUAUUUUAGGAGUGGAGAUCUGAGGUCUGCUUCCUUGUUGUUCGAAGAGAUGGGAAUGAGGAGCGAAGUGACUUGGGUCGAGAUGAUUGACGGGUUCGCGAGUAGUGGAGAUUUGGUCACAGCUAGGAGGCUUUUCGAUCAGGUUCCUUUUGAGAUGAGGAAUGUCGUUACAUGGACAGUGAUGGUUGACGGGUACACCAGCAAUGGAGAUAUGGAAUCAGCAAAGGAAAUCUUCGAGGCGAUGUCAGAUAGGAACUUCUUUGUGUGGUCAUCAAUGAUUUCUGGGUAUUGCAAGAAAGGUGACGUUGAACAGGCCAAGGCCAUUUUCGAUCAAAUGACAGUCAAGAAUUUGGUCGUCUGGAAUUCAUUGAUUUUGGGUUUUGCCCAGAAUGAGUUGUCUGACGAAGUUUUGAAGGCCUUUGAACAGAUGCAAUCUGAAGGGUUUGACCCAGAUGAAAUCACCAUUGUUGGUGUCUUAUCUGCUUGUGGUCAGGCCGGGUCAUUAGAAUAUGGUAAGAAGAUACAUAGUAUGAUAGGGAGUAAGGGGAUAAAUCUCAAUCAAUUCGUUUUAAAUGCCCUAGUUGACAUGUAUGCGAAGUGUGGGGACUUGGGCUCUGCAAGAUAUAUCUUUGAAGGGAUGAGCAAUAGAAACUGUGCCUGUUGGAAUGCAAUGAUUUCGGGUUUUGCCGUUAAUGGGCAGCCCAAAGAGGCUCUCGAGUUAUUCAAAAGAAUGGAAGGCUCAUGUGAGAGUCCAGAUGAGCUGACCUUCCUAUCCGUCCUAUCAGCUUGCGCCCAUGGAGGAUUUGUAGAUGAAGGGAUGCAAAUUUUCUCUAAAAUGGAAAAUUAUGGGCUUGCACCUGGCAUAAAGCAUUACGGCUGCUUGGUGGAUUUACUGGGAAGGGCCGGAAAGUUAAGAGAAGCUUACAAGUUGAUAAAGAGUAUGCCAAUGGAACCAAACAAUGUUGUUUGGGGAGCUUUGCUUGGAGCAUGCAGGAUCCACUCGAAUCUGGAAAUGGCAGAAUGUGUGAUGGAGGAGAUUAGGGCACUGAAUCACAAGGUUGGGUCUCGUGAUCAGGUGCAGUAUGCUCUGCUCUCGAGUAUUUAUGCUGCCUCUGAUAAAUGGGAGAAGGCUGAGAAGAUGAGGGUUGCCAUGGUGAAUAACGGGAUUCAGAAAGCACCUGGUUGCAGUUUCAUCACAUGCUAGCUGCACUCCAGUAUAUCUGUAUAUCUGCAAGUUGAAAAGUUUAGAAGCAACAGUUGGGCACUUAAACGAUGCACCCGUUUUUUUUUAUGCAUAUUGGCUUAGAUACCAACGAACAAACAUUAUGGGGCUAUUGAAGUUCCACAUCCUGAGGUAUUUGAGAACUUCUUCAGCUAGCACUUUCUGAAAAGUGGACUCGUCUUUUUACUACACAUGCAUCUAAACCUAUAGGCAGAAGGCUUCGGAUGGAUUCUUUUAGACGAAGCUCCUCAAGACUCUGUUGUUAUGGAUUGGACUAAUACACCUUAGAAUACGUGUAUAAGUUUCAAAUUCUUUUAACUACCAUAGAUCACAGUGUAGACCCAAAAAUUGUGUCCUCUAUUGAUCUAAUGGAAAGCGAAGUGUAAGCUACACAAUGCGGAAAGAAUCGGCUAUCCUUUUCAAGUCGGGGUAGUGCCUCUUCCACUGAAGACCUGCAAAAUUCAUUUGUUCAGGUAAGAGACUCCGCAGAUGGGCUCUUCUUGUUCUCUGAUACGAAGAUCAUUAUAUUGUGAAGGGCAAUAACAUUUACCACUUCCAGUCACGUUGAACAGGUACAGGCGGUUCCCUGCAGCAGUUGCUGUGAUCAGACAAUGUGGAGGCUCCAACUCAAACUGAUAGUAUGUCCGUCCUCCAUGCUCGGCUACACUCAUGCUCAUGACCUUCCCUUCAACAUUUUCUCCAAUGACUUCUGGCCCGAAUGCAUUGAUCACUUUCUCGGGAGGCCCAAUUUGUUCGAUUCUGGCAUCAUCAUCUAUAGCUGCCCAUGUAAAACAAAACUAUGUGUAAUUGGACAAGUUUUUCUGGUGCCCGGUCCGAUAAGAACAGGAAAAGAUUCCAACUCACCAUCAGCGAAUCUACGAACUGGAGCAACAAUCACAAAGAUCCGUCCUUCCUUGGAGCUGGCAAAUCUCAAGUCAAUCUCUGUGCCACCUAGAUCAGCAAUUGAUACUGGUACCUGUUCCAUCCAUGGACGGGGAGGAAUUAAAGGAAACAUCGGGUGAGCAAAAAGAACAGAAGACGGACUUGAAUCUUAAUCAUUCCGAGGCACCUCUUCCCAAUCCUGUCGAACAGAGAAGGCAUAAGGUAUGAUAGGACUCCAACCAACUCCGUGGCCUCCUGACUUAUCAUCGGGUCUUCGAUAUGUCCUCCAACCUGUCUGAGCACAAAACUUCUGGCAUUGGUGCCUUUCAUUCCAAAACGAGGAGCACGUAGAAAAAGAAAAAUAUAAAAAAAAUAGGAUUAACGUAUUAGGGUGUGUUCUGUUAUGUAAGCAGUCACUUCUAUUGUGCUUUUGUCUAGUUGGUGCUAAAGAGAUGCAGCUUUAUAAUCUGGGUGUCUUGGAAAAAUGCUCUCGAUUGUUAUAUGCUCUAUUUUCCUGAAAUGUGAACUUACUGAAGUGCCAAAGACAUCAUAUGUUGAUGUUGGUUC